AUGAGAUUUGAGGAACCAGAUCCCAGAAAUCGAUGGGACUCGCCUUGCUUCACCAUUGCUCCUGAAGAUGACCUAAUAGAACGAUACGGUGAAGCUCUAAUAGAAGCUCUGAUAUUCAAAAAGGGUACCAAGCCCCAUACGGCUACUCACAAGUCUGUAGUAACGCCUUCCAACUAUCUUCAUGAUAUGGACAAGACGCUUGGAGAUAUAGUAGCCAGAAUCAUUGAAUCCCAAAAGGACAAUUUCAGCGAUCACGACGGUCUCGUAGUACCUCGAUCAAGAGGUAAAGUUCACGGUUCUCUAGCCCGUGCUGGUAAAGUCAAGGGUCAAACUCCCAAAGUUGAAAAGCAAGAGAAGAGAAAGAAGAAGACUGGACGUGCAAAGAAGCGCAUUAUAUACAACAGACGAUUCGUAAACGUUGUGGCCGGUUUUGGAGGAAAGAAGAGGCAAAUGAACCCAGCACCAACUUCUAGCAAGUAA